AGGAGCGCAAAUGUCCUCUCUCUAUAAGAAGUGCCGAACGUACAACAAGGGAUUUUAUACAGCUACUCAGGAGAAACGAAAUGAUCUGCCCUGGAGCCGCAGCAAAAUGCUGGAUGGACACCUACUCCUGGGAUGGUUAUCGUUCACAGUUAUAGUGUACCUUUUCAAUUUGCCCGGACCGACAACAGCUUAUUUCGGACUGACAGGUAAUGAACCCCUGUCCAUCCUACCGCUGAGCUCCCAACCCGAGGAGAACGUGGGCAGGGCCCACUACAAGCUGUGCGACCGGCUCAAACUGGAGAAAAAGCAGAGGCGGAUGUGUCGACGAGACCCGGGUGUGGCCGAGACCCUCAUGGAGGCCAUCAGCAUGAGCGCCCUGGAGUGUCAGUACCAGUUCCGCUUCGAGAGGUGGAACUGCUCUUUAGAGGGCCGCUACAGAGCCAACAUUUUAAAGAGAGGUUUUAAGGAGACAGCCUUCCUGUAUGCCGUCUCCUCAGCAGGCUUGACUCACGCCAUGGCCAAGGCGUGUAGUGCCGGGCGGAUGGAGCGCUGCACCUGUGAUGAAGCACCAGACCUGGAGAACCGCAAGGCCUGGCAGUGGGGCGGCUGUGGAGACAACCUGAAGUACAGCAACAAGUUUGUCAAGGACUUCCUGGGCAAACGCUCCAACAAGGACCUGCGUGCCCGCGUGGACAUGCACAACACUAACGUGGGCAUGAAGGUGAUCAAAGCCGGGGUAGAGACUACCUGCAAAUGCCAUGGCGUCUCAGGCUCCUGCACCGUCCAGACAUGCUGGAGGCAGCUCUCGCCCUUCCAUGAGAUCGGCAAGCAGCUGAAACAGCGCUACGAGGCCUCUCUGAAGGUGGGCAGCUCCACCAACGAGGCCACGGGGGAGGGGGAAAUCUCCCAGGCCCGGCCCCAGCAGCAGCCCUUACCAGGCCCCAGCAAUGACCCAAUCCCACGCACCAUGGACCUGCUCCACAUCGAGGACUCGCCCAGUUUCUGCCGGCCCAGCAAGUACUCGCCAGGCACCUCGGCCAGGAAGUGCUACAAGGACAAGAACUGCGACGCCAUCUGCUGCGGCAGGGGCCACAAUACCCAGAGCCGCGUGGUGACCCGGCCAUGCCAGUGUCAGGUGCGCUGGUGCUGCUACGUCGAAUGCAAGCAGUGCACGCAGAGAGAGGAGGUCUACACCUGUAAAGGGUAGCCCAGUCUUAGAGGAGAGAGCAAGACAAUGGAGUUGGAGGACCUUUAUAAGCACUUUGAGGGAUUUUCUGUCGUGUGGGUUUGGUUCUAAUGCCCUGUAGCCCCAGCCAAUGGGGGUUGGGGUUGCAGCAGGAGAUUGGCCUUGUCUGACAAACGGGUCAACACGUGUCUCAUGCUUUCUGGUUGCAGAGUUAGAGCCUUGGAUAAAGGCUACCUCGCCUAUUCAACAUCCAGUCAGAUGUGUCAGUGAGAAAACGCAGCACUUGGCAGCUGUCUCCGGCUAGCAUGCUGUUAAUGAGGAUCCAAUAGAAUGACUGUAAUGGUAAAAGACUGGCUUUUGGGCCUUGCCCAAUGUAGAAAUGUGUGUGUUGGCGGCGAGUGAGGGUGCAGGGGAGUCAAAUGACAACUCAUAUGGCAAUCAUGGCAACCAUAUUCUGAAACUGUUAAGAACACAGGGUGUAAGAUUUAUUAUACGCACACAUAUUUACACUCGCACACCAAUGUGUGUAUGCAUAUGUAUGUAAAUAAAUUAAAUUGUAUUAUAAUGAUAUUAUAUACACUUGCCACUUCUCUGAAUAUGUUUAAACAAACCACUAACUACACAAAUGUAUUGUUGUUUGUGUAUUCUCGCUCUCUUUUGCUUUAUCAUUUCUUUUGACAAGGCCCUUUGGAAAGCAGCACAUUUGUGUCCUUUGUGUCUCUCUGUGGAUCAUUUAUGGACCCUUUGGGACUACUCCUUCCCGAGGAGAGGAAACACGCUCAUUUGUCUUUCAUUCUUUUUCGCUAGAGUGAAAUUGUUGGUGAAUACAUUUCUGAGUGCAGAAACGUCAUUUUUUUUUGCCAGUAAUUUUAGGCUACUUUUGGGCGAACUCAAAUAAUGUUCAGGGAAUAACUGAAACCACUAUACUUAUUUAGAAAUAGUAAAAAGAAAAACUGAAAAUCUGCAUGUAAUCGAAAGUUCAAUGAGAGAAUGGCCUUGCUUUUCUGAGUCUAGUGUCUAUUAUUGUCACCAUGAAAACAGGAGACCGACCACUUGACCAGUAGAGAAUGCAUCUUCCAAUCAGCUGACUAAUGCUUGAAGUAAUAGCAACCUAACUAUGUCACCUUGCUUCUUGGUACUUAGUUAGCACUCUGUUUAAAAAGGAGAAGCCAAUCUUGCUAGUAAUACUACUAUAAAGUAAAGAAAACUGCAAACUAUGGGUACAGGAGAAAUGUAACCCCUAUUUAUAUACAUACACUCUCAUAUCCUUCCUUCCUCUCUCUAGAGUGCACCAUUUGAUUGACAAGGAUAAAUGGUUGAGGUUGAAAAUGAACAGUAUGAUGCUAUGGAAACUAAAAUCCAUCUUGACAUGUCUGCAAAAUGGCUUCAAAAUUAACACCCUGAGGCAAAUGCGGUCUUUUCCAGAUAGUCCUGCUGAAGCUUAAGGUGUAUUAUGGUGACAAAAUGUGUUUGCGACAACAAAGCAAAUGUAUGCUCUAGCUGUAGCCUAUGCAUUUUCUAUCCAUUGUUUGGGGCAUAGCUAACAGAACUCCGUGACUGCAAAGGUACAAUCUCCUUUUGUGUUGUUUUGACAGUCAUUUUCUUUAAGGCAGGUUACCAUUAUGUUGUACAGUAAGAUUUGUAUGACUAACAUUUAAUAUUGGAUGUUUGAAGUGUAAAAUGACUGGUGGCAAAGGCAGAGCCAACCCUGUAAACAGCUACAAUAACUCUUCAGAUGCAAAGUCAUCUUUAGAUUCCCUUUAGGUAUACCGUCUUUGCCUUGUUUUAAGUGGGUGAGAAUGAACUACUGAGUGAGGAACCCAACAUUGUAAGAUAGCCCCAUUUACGCACUGAAGCCCCAGAAGCCCUUUAUCAUUUCCCUUUAAAGUAUUUAAAGACCUUGUAUUUAUGAAUAUAUACAGUGCAGGUGUUUUUGUUUAUUGUAAAAAGCAGUGGUUUAUUCUCCUGUGGUAUAGAGACAAGAAUGAGGCACAUGGUACAAUCUCACAGACAAUUAAAGAGGAAGUUGGUAGCAAUAAGGAGGUUAGGACCAAGACAUCUGAUGCUGGGAAGGCAAGUGGUAAAAUAUAUAAGGCUAAUCCAUGAAUAUGGAAUACAUUGCUGCUGUAAUCUUUUGUGGUCCUUCUGUAGCUCAGUUGGUAGAGCAUGGCACUUGUAAUGCCAGGGUAGUGGGUUCGAUCCCCGGGACCACCCAUAUGUAGAAUGUAUGCACACAUGACUGUAAGUCGCUUUGGAUAAAAGCGUCUGCUAAAUGGCAUAUAUUAUUAUUAUUAUUAUUAUUAUUUUGAUUGUAAGUGAUCAUCAGUAAGUGAAAAACAAGUGCCAAACGAGUACCAACAUUAGUAAAUAGCAUGCCAAUACCCUCGAAAAUAGCUUUGACCACCGACUAUGAUAGAUAGACUACAGUUCGCCCAUAGUUUUGAAUCAGUGACGCUCACAGGAUUUCUAUCUGAUUUGACCCACCAUGAUUUAUCCAGAAAAAGCAGCAUGCUCUCAGAAGGGAGUCUAGCCUAACGAAGGUUGGUUGGUUCAUCCUCUAGAGCUGAAUUCCAAACAUUUUGAAAAUGAGGAGACAUGCCAAAUAAAGAAUGGUCAAAAACAUAUACAUAGAACUUUGCACGCUACAUGGAAACCAUAAUGGCUCUGCUGAAAGCCUGAGCAUAAAUGCCUGCUACCCACAGCUUCCACACUCCCCUGCCCAAGACUGUGGUUCUCUACAGUGGUCAUUUAUUGAAUGGAUACAAAUGUUCAACAUUUGAGUCAUGGAGAGAGGAAUACAGUAUGCACAUUGCAUGUAUUUUCUAUGUUUUAUAUUCUACGUUUUUUAAGACAAAAGGACGGCAUGAUACAAUGGUUGUUCUUCAAUGUCAUUGUCUUAGUCCUUCAUAUUCUAUUUUUGAACUCAUAGCUCUGCACUGUGUAGUUGUCAGAGGAUCAUGUAUAAAAAAAAAUCUAUUUUAUAGGAAAAAAUGAAAAUAAAAGAAAGAUAAAUUAUUUUCAAAUAUGUUAUGAGCAUGUGUUCAAUGUAAAUAACAUUAAGUCAAAACUGAUUUUAUAUACUUGUAUUUUUUACUCAGUUUAUUUUCUUGAGGCUUGUAUGGGGUUUUGGCUUCUUUGCGGUGGAGGCUUCAAGAGACAGUAAAUACUGUAAAGUCAGCAUAAUUGUUCUUAAAGAUAACGCUAACAUUUGAAGUUCCUAAGCACAAAACAAAUCCUAACAAAUUUAGAAAAUCAACAAUUCUCUUCCCUUUUUCAACUGUUUUAUAUACAGUACAACACAUUGAAAGCUCAGCUGUUUUAUGUAAUUGACAUUGCACAAUACUACACAAGUAUUUUUGUAGCAUCCCGUUGUGUAGCAUGACCCAUUUGUUUGAGGGAUUGGUGAGGGGUAUAUGGGUUCUGUCUGUACCCAUUAACAUAGCCAUCUGUGCAGAUAAACACACGGACCAAACACAAAGUAGUAUUGGAGCGAACUCAUUCAACUUUUGGUAUACUCUGAUGUUCUUGCAAAGGAUCACAACAAAUGAUAUUUAGAGGGUCACAAUCACCGUGUACAUUUUUGUUAGGAUUUGUGCUGUGCUUGCUAAUAACAAAACAAACAUGUAUUACCCUUUGUGAUAAUACUAUACCAACAAAGCUUUGUCCAUGUUCACUUAUUCAUGUCUUAUGGGAACGUAAAUUAUUUUCCUCUACCUCAUGUGUAUAGCUUGUCGGUAUAAACAGAUCACGAAUGACUGGUAAGAAUGUAUUUAAGUUAUUUAACAUCUUUGUAAAAACAAAGGCAAGAAAAUCUGAAAUAAUAAAUUAAUUUUUAAAUUA